AUGUCCACCACUGCUCCCUCCUCUACACUCUCUCUCUCCAGCCUCGUCGCCACCUGCGCUGCUCUAGGCAUCAACAUUGCGUCCCCAGCUCCUCACGGCACCGACAAGGGCAAGACCCGCGCCGCCCCACCUGCCAGCCCAAAGCCUGCCCUCCCGGACGAUGUCGACGUGAACACUCUCAAGACCAUUCUGGAAGCGCUCUCCGUCAGCGGAUAUGAUCUCAAGGAUGAGGCUGCAGAGCUCGUCACAGCGUUGGAGGCCAAGGAAGCAGAGGAGGCUGCUUCGGCGGAGCUCGCCGCGCAGCUCAUUGCAGAGGAUCAAGCAGAGCUUGAGCGCGAGCGUCAGAAGCGCGCCAAUGCGCUUGCCCGUGCACAGCCGGGCCCUCCAGGUCUCGACUACACCCCCGACGGCGACAACGACGACGAGCACACUCCCGCGUCGACCGGUCCCACUGCGGGCGGGUCUGUGUACGCUCGCGACCUCAACCCGGAUGCCCCCGCCAGCCUCAGAGGGUUCGUCUGUGCAAACUGCCGCACGUACAACCUCCUUCGUGAUUCCAAGGAGACCUGGUAUGUCGUGACUGCUGGGCGCUCUGUCGGCAUCUAUCGAGACUGGUUGACGGUUCAGCCUAUGGUCACCGGUGUCCCGGGAGCAUGUUACAAGCGAUACGAUACCCACGAGGAAGCCCUGGCGGCAUGGAACCGUGCUCGCGCGAACGGGGCCAUCGAAUCCAACCUCUUCGAGCGAUCAACCCGCCGUGGAUGA